AUGUACCAGCAAAAAGACGAGAAGACGUUGAUGAUCGAGGCUGAGGGCCUUCGCAAGAUUGCCUUCUUCGGUAUCUGCAUCAGUACCGUCGCCACAUUGACUGCCAUCGUCGCCAUUCCAUCGCUGUACAACUACAUGCAAACCGUCCAAUCCACCCUCCAAACUGAGGUCGACUUCUGCGUCCACCGUACCAACGGACUCUUCGAGCAAUACGAGCGCAUCAAGGGAGUUAAGAAACUCGUGAAACGUCAAGCCGGAUACGGAGCCGCACCAGAGUACUCUACCGAUGCUGCUGUCUCUGCCCCAUCUGCCGAAGCCGGAGGUCAAUGCUGCUCAUGCGGAUCUGGACCAGCUGGACCACCAGGAAGCCCAGGAGAGGACGGACACGACGGAAACGACGGACAACCAGGACCAGACGGACAACCAGGAUCUGACGCCCCAGCUGAGGCUAUCCCAACUGCUGAUGACUUCUGCUUCGACUGCCCAGCCGGACCACCAGGAGCACCAGGAAACGCCGGACCAAAGGGAGCCCCAGGAAACGCUGGAGCCAACGGAAACGACGGACAACCAGGACAACCAGGAGCCCCAGGAAACGACGGACCACAAGGACCACCAGGACAAGACGGAGCUGCUGGACAACCAGGACAAGACGGACAGCCAGGAGUUGUCGAGGAGGUCGCCGUCCCACCAGGCCCACCAGGACCAGCUGGAGCCCCAGGAGCCCCAGGAACCGACGGACAGCCAGGAGCCGCUGGACAACCAGGACAAGACGGACCACAAGGACCAGCUGGAGACGCCGGAACCGAUGGAGCUCCAGGACAGCCAGGAGCCGCCGGAGAGCAAGGAGAGGCUGGACAACCAGGAGAGGGAGGCGGUUGCGAUCACUGCCCACCACCAAGAACCGCUCCAGGAUAUUAA